AUGAGAGGAAGAAAAAGCGAAGGAAACGGCGACGACGAAAAAGAGGGAGACGAUGAUGAUGAUGAUGAUGAUGAUGAUGAUGAUGAUGAUGAUGAUGAUGAUGAUGAUGGUGGUGGUGAUGAUGAUGAUGAUGAUGAUGAUGAUGAUGAUGAUGAUGAUGAUGAUGAUGAUGAUGAUGAUGAUGAUGAUGAUGAUGAUGAUGAUGAUGAUGAUGAUGAUGAUGAUGAUGAUGAUGAUGAUGAUGAUGAUGAUGAUGAUGAUGAUGAUGAUGAGUAG